AAAAAAAAAAAAAAAAAGGCGUUCUUCUUGCUGUGAAAUUCAAAUUGGAGCUUUUGAAAAUCGCCAGAGAGGUCUACCAAAAUCGAUUUGAUUAGCAGCGACUUGAAAGCCCAAACUUUUCCCCCGAUUUAACGAAAUCGCCACGCUCCGAAGAGUCAAAAGAGGUCGCUCUUUCGUAUUAGAUUAUUGAAGAAAUGGGAAGUAAAAGAGAAGAAGAAAAGAAGGAGAAGAUUAUUCGUGGGCUUAUGAAGCUUCCUCCCAAUCGUCGUUGUAUCAACUGCAAUUCCCUUGGUCCUCAAUAUGUUUGCACCACUUUUUGGACCUUCGUUUGCAUGCCUUGUAGCGGCAUUCAUCGUGAAUUCACUCAUCGUGUCAAGUCUGUAUCAAUGUCGAAGUUUACUUCUCAAGAGGUUGAAGUACUUCAAAAUGGUGGUAAUCAGCGUGCCAGAGAAAUAUAUUUGAAAAACUGGGACCAUCAACGGCAGAGACUUCCAGACAACAGUAACGCUGAGAGAGUUCGCGAAUUUAUUAAAAAUGUGUAUGUCCAAAAGAAGUAUGCAGGAGCAAAUGCUGCGGACAAGCCUCCUAAUGAUAAUCAGAGCCAUGCAAGUUCUGAAGAUAUGACUCGACGGGCCAACUCGUAUCAUUCUUACUCCCAAAGCCCUCCUUACGACUAUCAGUACGAAGAGCGGCGUUACGGAAAGAUACCCUUGGGACUUACCGGCAAGUCUGCUUCGGUAAAAGGUCUUCAUUCUAAAGCUUCUAGUUUUGUAUACAGCCCUGGACGUUUUAGUGACCAUACGCUUGAAGACCAAUUCGCAAAUGAGAGGUCUGCUCCAAGGGCUUCAGAUUUUUCUGUGUCAACUGGAGGAGAUACUUUCAGGUCUGAAAUACAGUCCCCAAAUUUCCAGCAAGAAGGUGGCUUUCGUAGUCCCCAGUCUCAGCAGUCAAAUGCCCCUCCAAGUGAUAACUUGUUUCCAGCCAAGCAACCUCAGAGAACGACGUCUCUUGGGAGUGUCAGAUCAGUUGACAGUAAUUCCAUGUCUAUCAAGUCAUGUACUUCGAGUGGUUUAGGGGAAGGCGGAGCUGAAAAUGCUCAAAAUAUAGGAAGCCAGCAGCAAGAUAAAACAUCUACUCCUGUUCCUUCAGUAACAGAGUCUACAAAGGCUCCUAUUGAUUUGUUUCAAUUACCAGGAGCGCCAACGGCACAAUCAGUCAGUACAUUUCAACCUUCAAUAGGAGCUCCAUCUCCAUCUCCACCUGUGAAUUUUCAUCAACCUCCACAGACGCACUCAUCCACUCCAACAGAUUUGUUUGCUGGAAACUUGGGUCAGAAACCCACUUCAGGACCAACCGACUUGCCUGCGCCUAACAACGAAGGGUGGGCUUCUUUUGAAAAUCCAAUGCCUGCUGCAAAACCUACAAUCAUUACCAGCUCCGCUGGAGUCCCCGAGAUGGAAGUGAAAAAUGAAGGCAUCCCGCAGCCUAGCACAAGCAUGCAAUGGCCACCUUUAUCAUCAAUCCUGGAACAGCAUGCUUUGUCGGUAUCAAGUCCGUGGCAGGAUGAUCACUCAAAGGUUGUAAAGAAUGUUGCCCAUAACCCGCCCUGGAAUGCCUUCCCCGACUCUGUGGAGGCCAAUUCUUUGGACAAUGCUAACCAUUUCCACCAACAUGGACCAAGUAUUUCGCAAUCUAACAGUGAUCAACACCAUUUGCCACAAGUUGAGGAGUUAAGCAAUGAUGGUACCCAAACAGGUGCUGGCUCUUCUGGUUUUGGCUUUCCAGGGAACACUGUCAUGGCACCAGCCUACUCCCCUUACAUGGAAGAAUCUUGGCAGCCUGUAAAUGAUCAAAAGUCAGCUAACCCCUUUGAUCUCCCUUAUGAUUCCGAGUAUGAAUCAAAUGACAUGUUCUUGGACAUGAGUUCUUUACAUGGGGCGCUGCCCGACAUCCAGACCCCACCAAACUUCUUUAAUGAUGUAUCACAGCCAUGGCUCGCUGCAGAUUCUGUCUCGUACCUACCUGCUCCAGCAGGCGCACAAGGUGGCUUAGCAUACAUGGCAGGGCAAUCAUCGACGCCCCAACUACAGGAUCCAGCAGCACAAGGCCAUGUUGGAGGAAAUCCAUUUGCUUAGGUAGUCCACGAUCUGCUUCAUCUUCUUCUUCACUUGUGCUUCAUCUUCAAUGCGUCUAUUUUUUUUAAAUUUUUUUUAAAGAAGAAACCACUUUCGUCGUGCACUGUGUUUAUUUUCUUAGUUCAAAACCAACUUCAGCUGUAUGUACGUUUUGAGUUUUGAGUGUGUUUCCGAGUGGACUUGAAUGCCAUGAAUAAGUCGACUAAACCAAGAAGCAAUUCGAAAUAAUCUUCUCUUCCAAAAA